GUGUUUGAGAACUAUUAUGAGAGGGAGCCAUCACCAACGGGCGACAACAACGGCAGCGCUCGCUUUGGAGGGGGAGGGGUCAGGAAAAGAUUCUCCAAUAUUCUGCCACGAAACUCUGGUUCAAAGAUGAGUAUCAGUGAGGGUUCAACUUCCGAGCCAGCGGCGCCACCUGUUGGUCAAACAGUGCCUGAGAGUUCAGAUGGAGUGUAUGCAUCCAUACCUGGCUUCCAGUCUGCAGCUGCAGCGGCCCUGCCUGCAGUGACAACCAAUGAGGAUGAUGAUGAUGAUACCUUCAUGGUGUUCUAUGACUACUCUGCACAGGACCCAGAUGAGCUGUCAGUGUCUAAAGGGGAUGUGGUGUUGGUGAUAGAACAGAGUGAAGACGGCUGGUGGACAGUGGAGAGAAACGGACAGGUUGGGCUGGUACCUGGCUCCUACCUGGCCAAAGUUUAGACAGAGUCACACACACAUUCAUGCAUGGACAUGGACACACACACACGCACACACUCAUGUACACAGGUACACGGAUUCACACACACAUACUCACACACAUACUCAUGCACAAUCACCCAUACAUACUGUAGUCUUCAAAACCUUACUAUGCGGACCCCCUUUCUGCUUCUUACUCAGAUGUUCUGAUCCUUCGUUCAAGACUUCAGAGUAAUAGAUUCUCCAGCAGUAGAGAUGACUCACUGAACUGACUUGGAACAUGAGUCAUGACUGUGUGUUCCCCAUUAACUAUUAGGCUAUGCUGCACCAGAGAUUGUCAGUCUUUUCACCCAACAGGCCUACUGCAUACAUACAGUGCUGUGAAAAACUAUUCGCCCCCUUUCAAAUUUUCUCUACUUUUUCUCUACUCUUAAAUUUUUAUACUGAAUUUUAUCAGAUCUUCAACCAAAACUAAAUAUUAGAUAAA